UUUGGUUUAAGUGAUCAUCAGGGAGAAUCAAAAGCUUAUAAGUUUGAUGAAGAAUUAGAAAGAAUUAAUAUGCAACUUAUUAAACAGAACAUUAGUAACAAGCAAUUAACAAAUGAAGAAUUAAAGUUAGAAAUAUCUUCUGUACAAGCAAAAAAAAAACAAUUAGAGUUGCUAAUCUCUGAAUAUGUUAAUGAUAAAAAAGAAAAAAAAGAAUGA